CUUUCUCUUUCUCUCUCUCACGCACACUCACAUACGCGGAACUUCGUCGUGCACCCGCAACAUAUGUGUGUGUGUGUGUGUGUGUGUGUGUGUUAAAGUGUGUGUGUGGGGGCUGUCUGCCUUCCUCUCUCUUCAUUUCCUGAAUCCCGCUCCUCUGAUUUACAGCGACAUGGGAACCGAGCGCGCACCGAGGAGCUGAUACCUGGACAAUGACGACUGAAGCUCAGCUCUGACCUCCUGCGUUCUUACGUCAUCCACCAAUGGGCUGAAGCGGGGUGGGCGGGGCCAGGAUGAGUGCCGAGCUGCUAUUGGAGGAGACGCUCAUCAAGCGUUCGCAGCAGAAGAAGAAGACGUCGCCGCUGAACUACAAGGAGAGACUGUUUGUCCUCACCAAGAGCAGGCUGACGUACUACGAUGGAAGAGCCGAGAAGAAGUUCAGGAGAGGCUCGAUCGAGCUGGGUCGCAUCAGGUGUGUGGAGAUCGUCAAGAACGGAGGAGGAAUCAUCCCCUGUCAGAACAAAUACCCGUUUCAGGUGGUGUACGAUAACAUGACCCUGUACGUGUUCGCUCCGAGCCACGACAGCCGGAGUCUCUGGGUCCAGAGCCUCAAAGAGGAGAUCAAAGACAACCCUGUGAUCUUGGCCAAGUUUCACCCUCAGUUCUGGCAGGAAGGGGCGUGGCUUUGCUGUCGCCAGGCGGAAAAACAGGCUCCGGGGUGCGAGGAGUACAACCUGUUUGGAGACAUUUCCAGAAAACCUUUACCCCCGAUUCCUGGAGAGAAGCGGCGGCCCCCUCCUCCCGUCCCUCCGUCCAAUGACGAUGAUGACUGUGACGGUGAUGAUGAUGAUGAUGAUGAGGACGAUGAAGAGGAGGUGGUGGUGGCGCUGUACGACUUCCCGGGCGCCGAACCGCACGACCUGAGUCUGGCGAAAGGAGACGAGUACGUCAUUCUGGAAAAAUGCGACAUCAACUGGUACAGGGCGCGCAACAAGUACGGCGAGGAAGGCUACAUCCCGAGUAACUAUGUAACAGAGAAGAAAUCCGGAAACCUGGUGCAGUUUGUUUGGUACAGUAAAAAUGUCAACAGGAACAAGGCAGAAGAGCUGCUGAGGAAGGAGGACAAAGAAGGAGCCUUCGUUGUCAGAGACUCGAGCACUGCAGGAGCUUACACCGUGUCUCUGUAUGCAAAGUCUGCUGCAGGGGAGGGAGGAGCAGUAAUAAAACAUUACCACAUCAAGGAGACACAAGGCUUGUCUAAACAGUUUUACCUGGCCGAGAAACACUUGUUCAGCUCCAUCCCCGACCUGAUCGAGUACCACAAACACAACGCAGCAGGUCUUGUUGCCAGGUUGAGGUAUCCUGUAGGGAAACAGGACAAGUCUGCUCCGACCACCGCUGGUUUCAGCUACGAGAAGUGGGAGAUCAACCCUAGUGAUCUGACCUUCAUGAAGGAGCUGGGCAGUGGUCAGUUCGGUCUGGUGAGGCUCGGCAAGUGGAGGGCUCAGCACAAAGUAGCCAUCAAGGCCAUCAGAGAGGGGGCCAUGUACGAGGAGGACUUCAUCGAGGAGGCAAAGGUCAUGAUGAAACUGUCUCACCCUAAACUGGUGCAGCUGUACGGCGUGUGCAGCCAGCACAAGCCCAUCUACAUCGUCACAGAGUUCAUGGAGCACGGCUGCAUGCUGAACUUCCUCAGGCAGCGGCGGGGCAGCUUCAGCCUGGGGUCCUUGCUGAGUAUCUGCCUGGACGUUUGCGAGGGCAUGGAGCACCUGGAGGCCAACGGCUUCAUCCACAGAGAUCUGGCUGCCAGAAACUGUCUGGUGAAUGACUCUCUGGUGGUGAAGGUGUCCGACUUUGGCAUGGCCAGGUACGUGUUAGACGACCAGUACACCAGCUCAUCAGGUGCUAAGUUUCCUGUGAAGUGGUCGCCUCCUGAAGUCUUCAACUUCUGCAAAUACAGCAGCAAGUCAGACGUCUGGUCCUACGGCGUGUUGAUGUGGGAGGUUUUCACCGAGGGUCGUAUGCCGUUCGAACAGAACCAGAACCAUGAGGUGGUUACCUUGGUAACCAAGGGUCACCGCCUCUACAGGCCUAAACUGGCCACGCCCACCAUCUACGACAUCAUGCAGCUCUGUUGGCACGAGAGACCGGAGGAGCGUCCGUCGUUCUCUCAGCUCUGCCUGAUGAUCUCCGACGCCCUGGAGGGUGACACCCCUCCCCCAAACUGAUCAACUGACCAAUCAGCUGCUUCCACCAUUCACGUCAUCUGUGGCGGCCAUGUUUGACCCACAACCACCGUUACAGCGGUUAUUGUAUACCUUGCAGCAGGAGGACAACAUGGAGAACGUGGAGUGAUACAGUGUCUGGAACUGACCAAUCAGGAGGAGCAGACGGACCAAUCACAACUGUUUUAUCCAAUCAAGUCACUCAAACGUCGCUUUUACAGCUGUUAAAACUGAAGCUGCGUUCACAACACAAACUGCUGCUCACGUUGGAUCUGUUUUAGGAGGACACCAACAUGAACUGACUGCAAUGUCCGUGCCUUAAAGUCCUUUUGUCAGAGACCGGUCAGUGUUAAAGAGAACAGUGUCCGCUAUCAAAAGCAUAUCAAGAUCUGAAGCUUAAUUUUCCUUCCAGUAAGGACUUUGUGAAUUGUUUCUGUAACUUUUAAGGAAUCUCAACAGGUGUCUAAUUUUUUUUGUUUUAUUCCAAUUUCUGACAAAUUUAGCUGCAGUGCAAAUCUGUUUUUACAUCAUUUUCUUCACUGCAUUAAUAUUAAAAGUACUGUAGAGAGAAAGUAAAUGAUUUGGGUGGUAUUAAUCUUCUGAUUGCAUCAUAAUGGAAAAGAACACUUUCAGUUUGAUUAAAAGUUAGCUUAAUAUUAA